ACAAAAAUUAGGAGAAACCAAUCCUACUGUAUCUGGCAAGCAAAAGAACGAUUUAUAAGAUGUCGUUUAAGAUUCUUGUCUUCUGUACGAAGUAAAACCAUCUCUGACGUCAACAAUUAUACCCCAAAGGUCGUUUCUCCCUCGCCCUUUUUUCUUUUGCUGCGUAACUAGAGUUCAAUUUGAUGAAUUUUACAGAUAGCCUGAAUUUCUGUGGAAGUACGAUCAUUUUAUAGAAAAGAAAACCGAGUUUAGGAAAAGGAUGGAAAAGCAGCAACCUGGUUCCUCAGACGUUGGUGGUAAAUGUCAAACUGAUAAGCUUUCUGAGGAAAUUGUUCUUGCCAAGAGUGGUCUUGUAAAUAGUAUCUCGACUCUAACUUUAUUGGAUGGAAGAAACAGUGAAGAAAUUGGUGAUUCCGUUUAUGCGAAUGAGACAAAUGAUGUUUCUCUUACUAUUGUUAAGACUCCUGUUAGUCAAUUGAGGAAAAAACUUCUUGUUCUUGAUGUGAAUGGAUUACUUGCUGAUAUAAUCUAUCGUUCUCCAAAGAAUUACAAAGCAGAUGCAUACAUUGCAGGACGGGCAAUUUUUAAGAGACCCUUCUGCGAUGACUUUUUAAGGUUUUGUUUUGAGAAGUUUGAAGUUGGUAUCUGGUCUUCAAGAAACAGGAGAAAGUUGGAAAGAGUUGUAGACUUUUUGAUGGGAGAUAUGAAACAAAAAUUGCUUUUUUGUUGGGAUUCAUCUUACUGCACCACAACACGAUUCAAAACUCUGGGGAAUAGAUAUAAGCCCUUAGUUUUCAAAGAGUUGAGGAAGCUUUGGAGAAAAAGCGAUCCUAAUCUUCCAUGGGAGAAGGGAUAUUAUAAUGAAUCAAAUACAUUGUUGAUAGAUGAUUCUCCUUACAAAGCACUGCUUAAUCCCUUGGGUACUGCAAUAUUUCCUCAUCCAUUCAAGUUCGACAUGGACGAUGAUUCAUUGGGUGUCGGAGGUGAGCUUAGAGUUUAUUUGGAAAGAUUAGCUUUAGCAGAGAAUGUACAGAAAUUUUUAGAGCUAAACCCAUUUGGCCAGAUAGCUAUCACUGAAAGCAGCCAUGACUGGGGCUUCUACAGCCGGGUUAUCGAUACUUGUGUUCAUUAGCAACUACUACAGGUUAACAUCUAGUUUUGAUUAUAUUAAUCGAAACAAGACUUAGCCUAACCAAAUUACAGGAGACAAGAUUUUAGUAAAGGUCUAAGGAUGAUUUAUUUUUAUUAUUAUUUUGAUAGUGGAAGAAGGAUAGUUGAUGCUAGGCUCGAGCUCCUAAUUUGAUUAUAUGAACCAACUAAACUAAGCUUCGGGUUUAAUAAAUUUUUGUCGAGCAAUCCUUUCUUAUUAGGGAAUUGCUUUUUCGAAAAUGUUCCAUGUAGUUUGACCAUAAUUUAUUCAUAUACUCAGCCUAUGUUGCCCCUUUUUUGUA